AUCGAAUAAAUAAAUAUAACAAUGAAUAAAAAGUAGGUAAAUAAAGUACAAUAUAUAUGAAAAAGUUAAGAAAAUAUAUGUUAAAACGAACUACUUUUUUUGUACUUUCGAGAUAUGCGAGAAUUGUAUCGAGGUACAAAUACAUAGUGUGCAUCUAUUCGUAUUUUGUCAGUAGCAACGGUUAGCAACGAGCACCGACGACGCUUCGUUUCGGAAAGAGAAUGCGGAUGUUCAAAGAGGAAUAUAACGAGAUAGAAGAAAAUUUAAAUAUCUCUAAGAUGCGUCCUGAUUCGCGUAGCGUCUCGUUCACGUUCCAUCGUGAAGUUUUAAGUGUCAGAAAUUCACCGGAAUUGAUACGUACUUCAAAAAAUUUAAGACAGCGUCUUCAAGAUCGUUUCGACAAAGAAAAAUCUAAUGAGUCUUCCAAACAGAAAGCUACUAAAGAGAAAGAUAUCACGGAACGUGGUUGGAACAAUUUGAGUCUUGGAAAUGUAUCUGCUGAUUCUAGACGUGCUCUACGAAAUGGAGCAGAAAAAUUAUCCAAAACCAUAUCAACAGUAAGAACAACGUUUGGUACAAUUUCACAGAAAUUUAGAAGCUCAACACGAAGGCGUCAGAGAUUGGAAGAACAACAAUCUCCUGGCAGCAAUAAUAAAAUACAAACUCCUCAAUCACGCUCACGUCAAUUAUUAGGACGUACACCAACUAAAUUAUACAGUCCUUUUGGUAUUGAAUCUCCGAAGCGUGGUUGGAAUAAAGAGAAUGAUGUUACGACGGUACAAGAGUCACCAGAAAAUCAUUCACGUCAAAUACAAUGCAGGCCCUUCAGCUUUGUAAGAGCCAAAGGAUUCUCUGUGCUAAGAUAAAGCAUUAUUUUUGGGGCUCUUGUGUUAUAAUUUCUUUAUCUUCUAAGAAAUACAUCAAGAAACGCACAUUUAGUACAACUAAGCACUUAAUUUAUUUUAUUCUAAUGAAUAACGAUGCAGCUAUUUAUCUAUUCUAUCAUUAUGCUAAUAAUCAUUUUACAAUGGGAAUUAAUAUUAUUUAAUACCUAUUCAAACAUGUUCAUUAUUUUCAUCCUUUUAUUCUGAGAUAUUUUAUAAAAGAAUAUUUCUACUUUUUUAUAUGUAUUUAUAAUGAUUACGCUUGCAAUGUGAGAUAAAAAUAGAAAUAGAUUGCAAUCUUUUUAUUAAAAUAACAUUUAUUAAUCACAAUCUCCUUAAAAUUAAGUUAUUUAAAUGGAUCAUUAAGAUCAAAAUUUACAUCUGGUACAAAUAUUCAUCUGUUUUUAAUGUUUCCAACAUUUUGCCAUUAUUUCCAUUUUAUAGAAAACAAAUUCAUUUGACCAUAACAUAAAGAUAUAAGAAUUUGUAAAUCACAUGAACAAAAAUCACAAUCAAUCUGUAUUUGUGACACUAAUAAGCACUUAAUACAAAUGUUCUAUAUGUAUGAACAUAGAACACUUGUUAGAUUGAUUUAAAUAAAGAAUUGGAAAGAAAUUUUAUUGAAAUGUAAAUAAAUUUUUUUUUAAGAAACAGUAUACAUAUACUAAUGAGCGAAUCAGCAUAAUAACAAUCAAAAACAUAUUUCAUCGUGUCGUUUAUAACCAAUGCACACAUGCGCAUCGUUCGACGCAGUCGUAAAAGAGCUCUCGACCAAAAUGCGACAUCGAGGUAUUCUAAAAGUGAGAGAAAGAGGAAAAGAAAAAGAAAGAGAGAGAGAGAGAGAGAGAAAAUCAGCUCAAUUACUAAUCAAAUACAUAACAUCUUUUAAUUCUUUUAACAAUGGGAAUCGACCAAUUUUUUAUUAUGAAAAAAUUGAAAUAAUAAAAUCUAGGAGACGCAUAAUGACUAACAAAUUUUGAGAUAGAAAUAAUGUUAAUGUAUCAAGUAUUUCGUUAAAUUUUCUUAUUUAUGUAUAUGUAUAAACAUUUCCUUUAAAUUAAAAAAUUAAAAAAAAUUUUUAAAUUACCGAUCGAAACGAAUGGUAACCAUCUUGUAACUUGAAACAAUUUAUUAAUUAUUUUUUUCCAAGUUCAAACAUUUAUGAUUGAUAUAUUUAUCGUUAACAUAGAUGGUUAUUCUUAAAAAAAAAAAUAUAUAUAUAUAUAUAUAAACUAAAAACGUAGUAUGGAAUAUGUAAACUUAGAUUUUCGAAAGCACUAUUCGAUAUCUAUGAAUAGCUAAUGCAUAUAAAGGUGUAUAGAAGGACGAUAGCGUCGUCAUAGCGCAAUGCGGAGAUCCGAGAUAUACAUACAUGUAUGUAUGAUACUUUUCUAGAUUUCUUUAACAAUUAUUGAUAUUAUUAUUCGAGAAUUUUUCUUAUCUAUAUUCUAGUAACUCGUUAUUUCUUUUCUUUUUAUAAAUUUUGCACUGAGUAUUUAACGAUGAUUACAUCCUCUGUUUGUUUAUAUUAUAUCAUAUAUAUAUAUAUAUAUAUAUACACACAUAUAUUAUAUAUAUUAUAUGUUUAUAUUAUAUAUAUGUGUCUAUACAUGUAUAUAUGUAUGUGUGUAUAAGCUUAGAGUGUAAUAAUAUGCAAGAAAACCAAUGAAAGUGUAAAGUUAUUUUUACGAUAUAGAAUAUUACUUGUUAAUGGAACAGUUCUUCGAUAAAUUACGUGUCAAAGCUUAGAUUAAAAUUUAUAAAUGUAUUUCUUACAAAGAA